AUGAGUCCGGAUACGUACAUAGACACUGCGCUGACCCGCUCGGACCUGCUCGUCCUGCAGAACCUGCUGCGCGAUGCCUCGACGGCGGAAAAGGAGCCUCCUUCCGCAGCCGACGACCAUGACCGUCGCGCCGUCGCGGCCAUGGACGCCAUGAACGAUCCGAAACACACCAGUUUCGACCCCACCAUUUUCGUCCUGUGGGACACGCCGGAUAUUAAGCUGCCCGCCGUGGUGGACCGCUACGUCUUCCAGCCGUACGUGCGCUGGGCGCGCAAGGCCGUCCGUGUCGAGACGGACGUCGUGAUGCUCAACCACCUGUUCCUCUACGCCAUGACGUCAAUCCCCAGCGCGCUUUACCUAUUCCACCACUUCACCUGGCUGCAUGCCGUGCUGCACUGCGUGAUGCAGGGUUACUACGUCGGGACGUACAAUCUGAUGAUGCAUCAGCACAUUCAUCAGCGCGGCGUGCUGGCCAAGCGCUUCUGGUUCGUCGACAACUACUUCCCGUACAUCCUGGACCCCAUGUUCGGGCAUACGUGGAACACGUAUUUCUAUCACCACGUGCGGCACCACCACGUCGAGGGCAACGGCCCGGAUGACCUGUCGUCGACGAUCCGGUACCAGCGCGACGACAUUUGGAACCUGAUGCAUUACAUUGGCCGCUUCUUCUUUUUCGUUUGGUAUGAUCUGCCGGGGUACUUCAUCCGCAAGGGCCAGUACAAGACCGGGUUGAAGGCAGGCCUCGGGGAGGUUUCCACUUUCGGCAUGUGGUAUCUGGCUUCUCUGAUCAACUCGCGGGCCGCUAUCUUUGUCUUCAUGGUACCGUUUGUGCUGCUCCGGAUCGGGCUCAUGGUCGGCAACUGGGGCCAACAUGCGUUCGUCGACGAGGUGGAGCCCGACUCUGACUUCCGGUCCAGCAUCACGCUGAUCGACGUAGCCAGCAACCGCUUUUGUUUCAACGACGGCUACCACACCUCACACCACCUGAACCCCAUGCGGCACUGGCGCCAGCACCCCGUGGCCUUUCUCAAGCAGAAGGAGCAGUACGCGGCCGAGCAUGCGCUGGUCUUCCGCAACAUCGACUACAUAAUGAUUACCGUGCGGCUGAUGAUGAAAGACUACAUGCACCUGGCCAAGUGCCUGGUGCCGAUCGGCGACCAGAUUGGCAUGACGCUGGAAGAAAAGACAGCGAUGCUGAAGACGAAGACGAAGAGAUUUUCCGAAGAGGACAUCAAGAGGAAGUUCAGGAACUAAAAGGUAGGACGACGAUUGCAUAGACGGAGGAAGUGAGAAAUUUGGAAAGGCUUGCCACUGCACAUACAUAGGCUUGGGAUCAGCAGCAUAUGAGUAUAAAAAGCAACGGCGCAUGUAGAUAACAGAGAAGGCGCAAGUAGACGUAAGCACGUAUGUACGUACGUAAGCAAGCAACAUCAGCAGCCACGAC